AUGUAUCGGAAGUUGUCUAAGUUAGAACACUCGGAAAUAAAACAACUUCUUACAGAAGCUAACAUAGAUGUUGCAAAGCAUUACGCAACAAACAAAAAAGCACUCGCUGACUUCAUUAAAGACUAUAAUGGUGCAAUAAAUUAUGAUAGAAUUCAUGAGUUCAUAAAGCCGCAACGCGGCGAGGACGAAGUCCAUGCAAUAGCAUUUCCUUUAAAUGACGUUGCUAUUGACUUAUAUCAUAGACGUUCAGUACCUCAUGAAGUAAGAAGAGAAAUGUUUGACAUAACAAAUGCAAACGUUGGUCAUACUCGUAAAGCUCUUUCGCAUGAUGUUCGUCAAGAGAUGUUUGACAUAACAAAUGCAAACGUUGGUGAAACAAGAAGAAGAGACGACACACUGAAACAACAGAGAAGAGAGAUGUUUAAAAGUGCUAUAGAACAAGUUCGUAAAGCUAACGAUGUCAUUCGUUCCAUUGACGACAAACCAAAAGAAGGUGAGAGAUGGUUAAAGAAAGAUGAAGAGAAUAGGAAGAGAAAUGUGAAGUCAGGCAAUAGACUCAUUGACUUUAACAUCGAAGCUUUAGAUGAACCAAACAGAGACUACUUACACAAACAUUUCGGUAAGGUUUUCAUGAGACUCUUAGAGAAGAUUAAAAUAAACUCCCAACAGAGAUGGAUGGUAUGUUAUAAACUUGGUGGAAAGUAUGAAUGUUCUACGUUAAACCUCAAUAAUAUUGGAACACUACUACAUCAGCUCUUGAAGGAGAACUUUAUAUCAGAGAUAGAAGCAAAUGCUGCAGGUAUUGUUGAAAUGCACUAUGACUUCUUCUUGACAAACAUAAAGAAUCUUACCGAAAUAAAGAUGUAUGAUUUAACAGAAUAUGAAGGCUUAACGAUGUCAGAUGUAAAGAAAGGCAAACCAAAAAAGAGACCAUAUAGAGAUGAAAGCACACUGACAAAUGACCAGAAAGCCAUUUUGGAAGCUCUUAAGCAAACAGGAAACCCAGCACUUAUAGAAAGCUUUUGGAAAGAUAAUGGUGAAAAGAAGUUUUAUAAGAAGAGAAGCGGUCAGUUCUGGAA